AUGGCUCCAGUGCCAGAGAUGGGCCUCCCAGAGCACACAUGCCCCGAUUGGGAGCCGGAGCCGGAGCCGGAGUCGGAGCCGGAGCCGUACGGGCGCAUGCUUUUUGCGCCGGACGGCCAUGCGGAGCUCGGCCGCGUCGAAGACCGCCACACGGUGUGCGCCGACACGCCGGACGAGCUCCUCGCACCUGUCGCGGAGACCCUCGGGCUCCCCGCUGCCACUUGCGCCGAGCUCCUUCUCGAAGGCGCGUGCAAGCUCCGUGAGGUCAAGGACGUGUGCGCCAAAACGUGUGAGGCGUGCAAGAAAGACAGGGAGGCAAGCUUGGGGUAG